GAGAUGCUGAGAGACAAAGAACUGGGCUGUUUCCUGAUCCGACUAAGUGACAAAGCCAUGGGAUACAUCCUGUCAUACAGAGGCCGUGAUCGAUGCAGACACUUUGUGAUCAACCAGAGUAAGUCAGGCCAGUUCAUAGUGUCUGGAGACACAGAGGAGCAUGAGACCCUGGGAGAACUGAUAGAACACUACAAGACCAGCCCCAUAGAGCCCUUCAGAGAGUACCUGACCUGUUCCUGUCUAGAGAUCUGA